AUGGAGAUUAUGCUUUGCGAUUCUCAAUGUAAUCUAUAUUUGUCAUUAUCGUUAUUAGAAUUCGACGAAGAAGUAGACGCUUCUUACUUUCAUGGAAGAGAUGGACUUGGUGAUGCCAAAGACAUACCAGAACCAGAYAUGUCCAAACUKCGACCAGAGCAUGCAGUAGAUGYCAUUAUMAAGCUAGCAAAGGAAAACCCAGGGGAAAUAACUCUAGUAGCGUUGGCUCCCCUCACUAAUAUAGCCCUAGCAUGCCGCAUGGACCCUAACUUUGCUAAGAAUAUCAAAGAUGUAGUUAUCAUGGGAGGAAACUGUGAAUCCAAAGGCAAUCACUUAAGGGUGUGCUCAGAAUUCAAUUUCCACAGUGAUGUGGAAUCAGCAUUGGUUUGCCUAAAUGAGCUCCAGCAUCCCGUUUCUAUAGUAACAUGGGAAACCUGUUUAAAGCAUGGAAUAUCUUGGUCAAGAUAUGAUGAGUUGRCUGGCAUUCCCUCUGAAAARUCMAGGUUUUUUGRRAAAAUAWCCCAUSGCACURCWGARUWUUACARGAAGAACASRGAARSUUUUGGAUCUUSCUAUACAMCWUGUGAUGCUAUCGCUAUGGUUACUGCURUCAAACCAGAGGCUGUCACCARAAAGAUACAUGUACAUGCUACUGUUGAAUUAAGUGGGCUUCAUACCAGGGGUCAGAUGGUGGUGGAUUGGAGAAAACAUCUCAAGAAAGAAGCUAAUGUGUUACUGGUACAAGAUAUCGAUAUGGAUAUAUUUAGGGCAGUUGCUAUUAAAGCUCUUGGAUAGCUUGCUUAAAGUACAAAUGAACCCCAUUUUUUUCAAACUCUAGGAUAAUCUAUCCUAUCAAAAAUAGUAACUUGCCGCAAAAAGAUUUUGAAUUGGAUGAAUUCUCGAUUUUUAAUUGUAUUUGGAACUUCCCGCCAGUUCGGGAAAAUGCGCCUUCUUUGCAAUGAGGGGCCUGGUGCGAGUGUGACGUCUACUAAGGAAUCAUCUCUCUCAUUCCCGGAGCCUUUCAAAGUAAA